AUGGACGCAGACCUUGGCUCAGGCCAGGCCCUGAGUGGUUACUCCAAAGGAUACUGUGCGAGCGUCGACGCGAUUCGAAACCAGGAAUACCCUCUUAUGAAUGACACCACUUAUCUCGAUCAUGCUGGGACCACCCUCUAUGCUAAAUCCACCAUCGAGGCCUUUGCAGGUGACAUGAACAGUAACAUCUUUGGCAAUCCUCAUUCCAUGUCCCUGUCCUCACAGCUCUCAACCCAACGCACUGAUGAUGUUCGUCUUCGUGUUCUUCGUUUCUUCAACGCAGACCCGGACGAGUUCGACGUGGUUUUUGUGGCAAAUGCAACCGCCGCCAUAAAGCUUGUGGCAGAUGCCUUUCGCGACUUUGACAACCGCGGUUUCCAGUAUGGCUACCACCUGGAUUCUCACAAUAGUAUAGUCGGGGUGCGCGAAGUCGCCCAUCUCGGCCAUCAGUAUUUCAGCUGCGAUACCGAGGUUGAUAUGUGGAUUUCCGAGCUGGCCUCUAAGCAAGUCAAAGUCCCCACUUUGAUUGCUUACCCGGGGCAAUCCAAUAUGAACGGACGUCGCCUUCCACUUCGCUGGUGCAACCAGAUCCGCUAUGCCGCCAGAGAAACCGGGAGCCGCGUGUUUACAUUGCUUGAUGCUGCGUCUCUCGUCUCCACUUCUCCGCUUGACUUGAGCGCCGUUGCUCCUGACUUUACGGCUGAGGCUGGUCAUAUCUUCGAACGCCGCAAGUACUUUGGUGGAGGUACCGUCGACAUGGCUCUGGCUACUCUCCAGUGGCAUGCCAAAGCAGAGCAGUCCCUCCAUAGUCGCCUUGAAGAUGGGACAAUUGCAUUCCAUAACAUCAUUGCUUUGAAUGCUGCAAUGGAUACCCAUGAGCGGCUUUACCGGUCAAUGGCAAAUAUCUCUGCCCAUACAGCCUGUCUCGCCGAGCUGCUUUUCGAGCGACUUUCAAAGUUGACCCAUUGGAACCAGCGGACAGUCUGCCAAAUUUAUCACUCGCGCUCCUCCACCUAUGGCUGCACCGAAACCCAGGGCCCAAUCAUCGCAUUCAAUCUAUGUAACAGUCAAGGUGAAUGGAUACCCAAGAGCGAGGUUGAGAAACUGGCCACCGUCCAAAACAUCCAAAUUCGCACUGGCGGAGUUUGCAACCCAGGCGGCGUGGCAUCCGCUCUUGGGUGGGACGGCACUGAGCUUCGCAACUUGUACUCCAAAGAAGAAUUACGCUGCGGUGAUAGUAAUGAUAUCAUGGCUGGUCGACCGACUGGCAUUCUGCGUGUCAGCUUGGGUGCCAUGACCAAUAUGACCGAUGUCGAAUCCUUUGCCAAUUUUGUGGAGGACUUCUACGUUGAAAAGAGCGCACCUGUCGUCGCCGUCAACCCUACUCUUGAGAACCCCAUCGACCGCCAUUUCUAUAUCGAAAGCCUUGCUGUGUUCCCGAUCAAGAGUUGCGGUGCUUUCAAAAUCCCCGAAGGAAAACGCUGGGAGGUGAAGCCCGAGGGGCUUGCUUGGGAUCGCGAGUGGUGCCUGAUCCAUCAAGGAACUGGAGCAGCGCUGAAUCAAAAGCGAUAUCCUCGCAUGGCGCUUAUUCGUCCAGACGUUGAUCUCGAACGGGGUGUGCUCCGCAUCCAUUGCGAUGGCAUGAAAGAUUCUGUGAGUCUGGAAAUCUCGCUCGGUUGGGAACAAACGGGCAGCCUUAUUUCUACUUCCAUGUGUCCCAUGUCGACCAAGCGCUCCACAGUAUGCGGAGACCAACUCGCCCUGCAUGCCUAUGCAUCUCCGGUCGUGUCAACCUUCUUCUCCGAUUUCCUCGGUGUGCCAUGCACCCUUGCCCGGUUCCCUCCUCAGAGUGCGAAUCGCUACUCUCGACCCUCUCGCUCGCACUCCUGGAAGCACAAGGUCCGCAAAAUCAUCAUGCCGGGAUCGUUCCCCCCAGACCUUCCCCCUCCAGUCCGCGAGCAGGGCCGCAACCCUCUUCUGUUAGCAAACGAGAUGCCUAUUCUGAUCGUCUCACGCUCCUCAGUGAACCGUCUGAACGAAAAUAUCAAAGCGAAGGGCCGCCCCAUCUCCGGCUCCCCCAAGGCGGUUGCCGCAGACGUCUUCCGCAGCAAUAUCGUCGUAGCCGAGCGCCUCACCAAACUCGGCGACGCCGAACAACCCUAUGCCGAGGAUAUGUGGUCUUCGCUCCAGAUUGGCCCGGAGAAGCUCCGCGUGGACGUCAUGGGCUCCUGCGAGCGCUGCCAGAUGGUCUGCAUUGACCAGCUCACUGGUAUCCGACGUGAGGAGCCCUUUUCGACUCUAGCUAAGACCCGUACUCUCGAUGGGAAGGUACUCUUCGGAAGAUAUGCUGCCCUUGCUCGUGCCGAGAUCGACGCUAUGGAGUGGGAACCACCUGCUCGUCGCACUGUCAUGGUGGGCGACCUGGUUGUGCCGAAGUAUAGCGAGACCUAA